UUCCCUGGUGAUGGGUUGCCCGGCGGUCGCCUGGUAACCGGCCGCGGAGGUCCUGGCUGCGCCAGCGCAGGCCGCGGAGGUCUGUGGGCCGGAGCUGACGCUGGGCUCUUUCUGUCUGUUCCGCGAUGGCAGCGGCAGUGGUCAUGCCGUCGGGUUUGGAGGAUGGGGUGUCUCGGUCCCGCGGCGAAGGGGCAGGGGAGGCGGUCGUGGAGCGGGGCCCCGGCGCGGCCUACCACAUGUUCGUGGUGAUGGAGGACCUGGUGGAGAAGCUGAAGUUGCUCCGCUAUGAGGAGGAUCUCCUCCGGAAAAACAACCUGAAGCCCCCGUCCAGACACUAUUUUGCACUGCCUACCAAUCCUGGGGAACAGUUCUACAUGUUUUGCACUCUUGCUGCUUGGUUGAUUAAUAAAGCAGGACGCCCCUUUGAGCAACCUCAAGAAUAUGAUGACCCUAAUGCAACAAUCUCUAACAUAUUAUCUGAACUUCGAUCAUUCGGGAGAACUGCAGAUUUUCCUCCUUCAAAAUUAAAAUCGGGUUAUGGAGCGCAUGUAUGCUAUGUUCUUGACUGUUUAGCCGAAGAAGCAUUAAAAUAUAUUGGUUUCACUUGGAAAAGACCAACAUACCCAGUGGAAGAAUUAGAAGAAGAAACUGUUGCAGAAGAUGAUGCAGAAUUAACAUUAAAUAAAGUGGAUGAAGAAUUUGUGGAAGAGGAGACAGACAAUGAAGAAAACUUUAUUGAUCUCAGUGUUUUGAAGGCCCAGACCUAUCGCUUGGAUAUGAACGAGUCUGCCAAACAAGAAGAUAUUUUGGAAUCCACAACAGAUGCUGCGGAAUGGAGUCUAGAAGUGGAACGUGUACUACCACAACUGAAAGUCACGAUCAGGACUGACAAUAAGGGAUUUUUGGACAAACUUCAUAAUGAAAUUAGCAGGACUCUGGAGAAGAUUGGCAGCCGAGAAAAGUACAUCAACAAUCAGCUUCAGCACUUGAUUCAGGAAUAUCGUGCAGCUCAAGCCCAGCUGAGUGAGGCAAGGGAGCGUUACCAGCAGGGAAACGGCGGAGUAACUGAAAGGACCAGACUCCUGUCCGAGGUUACAGAAGAGCUAGAAAAGGUAAAACAAGAAAUGGAAGAAAAAGGCAGCAGUAUGACUGAUGGUGCUCCUUUGGUGAAGAUUAAACAGAGUUUAACGAAGCUGAAGCAAGAAACUAUUCAGAUGGACAUUAGAAUCGGUGUUGUGGAACACACAUUACUCCAGUCAAAACUGAAGGAGAAGUCCAACAUGACCAGGGACAUGCAUGCCACAAUCAUUCCAGAAUCUGCAAUAGGCUCUUAUUAAAACAUAUCGUUUCGCAUGCUUCUGAUUAGUUGUUUUUUUUAUAUCAAAUCAUAUUUCAUGUUGCAUAGACUUCAAAACACAGUUAUUCCUUUUAAAGCAUGUUGAACGGGUAUUUUUUACAUAUAUACACACAUAUUGUAUGUGUGUAUACAUACAAUGAAGAUUAUGGAUGGUCAAAGCCUUUCAAUUGAAUAUAAUAAAGUAAUGAAAAAUUCUCACUGUCAAAGAAGCUUUCACUAAUCAUUACAUAUGUGAAAGCCCCCACCUGGUGGCUCACUGUCCUUAUGGUUCCGUGCAUUUGAGGAAGAGGUACAUGAUGCAGAAUGUGUAGGACCCGUGCUUUCUGCAGGUGCUGCCGCUGCUGUCAGCACAUGGACCUUUGACAUAAGCCUGGCCCCUUCCACUGGAUCCACACACAGUGAUCACAAGUACUUCUGCACCCAGAGGCAGCCAGUGAUGGCUGCGGAUUCUUUCCAAGAACCCAAACUACCCUUGCCUCAGCUUUCUGGUUACCUAAAAUUACAUUUUUUAAAAAGAAAGCCUCAGAAAAAUCUUCAGUAUCUUUAUUAACAUUUGAAGUUUACUAUUUAUCACGAGCAUUUCAUGACUAAACUGAUUUGAUAUCUUCUAUGAUCU